AUGUCCAGUCCUUCCUUGAUCGACUCCGUCAUCGACGAUGAUGACGAGUUCUGCCCCCUGUGCAUUGAAGAGUUCGAUCUCUCCGAUAAGAAUUUCAAACCAUGUCCUUGCGGAUAUCAGAUUUGCCAAUUCUGCUACAACAACAUUAAGACGCAGAACGAAGAAGGACGAUGCCCUAACUGUCGACGCGGAUACGAUGAAAGUACCAUCCAGUACAAGAUUCCUGACGUUGAAGAGUUCAAGGCAGAUCUGGCACUGAAGCACCGCAAGGCGGCUGCUGCGAAGAAGAAGGAAGCUGAAAAGCGGGAAAUCGAGGCUUCCAGCCGGAAGAACUUGGCCGGUGUCCGUGUUGUUCAAAAGAACUUGGUCUACGUUAUCGGCCUCAAUCCUACGAUCCGAGACGAAAAUCAACUACUUCAAACGCUCCGUGGACGGGAAUAUUUCGGUCAAUAUGGCGAGAUUGAGAAGAUUGUGGUCAGCAAGGCUAAGCCCGGCGGCAACCCCAACCAGGGAAUUGGUGUUUACGUGACUUUCUCGCGCAAAGCCGAUGCUGCGAUGUGCAUAAACGCUGUGGACGGUUCCGGAAAUGGCGAUCGAGUGCUCAGGGCGCAAUACGGAACAACGAAAUAUUGUUCGUCCUUCCUUCGCAAUGAACAGUGCAAUAAUCGGAACUGCACUUUCUUGCACGAGACUGGGGAGGACAGCGACAGCUACAGCCGGCAGGACCUUUCAUCUAUGAACACAAUUUCCACGCAACGCCCUAAUUUCCCACCUACCCCCUCUCACGUGAGGUCCGCUCAACCCAUCGCCCAUCCUAUGCGCCGACAACCGAGCAAGGAUGACUCGAUCAGUAGUCGCACCGGCAUACCAGAUGGCCCGGCUCUCCCGUCAACUGCCAGCUGGGCUAACAAAGACGCUGCUAUUCACCGAACCAGGAGGGCUAGUAUGACUGGUAGCCAAGCCUCCGUCAACAGCCCACGGCCCGCAAGUGUCAAUGUUGCGACCCCAGCAGAAGAACCAAAGCGAGCAGAGAAGCCAUCUCCGAUUUCCCAGGAGGCCCCACAAUCCAUUUCCCAAGUCGAUUCCCAGUCUCCUGCCGCGCAACCGCGUUCUCGGCGUGCGACUCAACCACCCAAGCUGCCAUCACCAUUUGACAGUUUGCUAAAGGAUAUCAACUCUCCGGAUUUCAAGUUUUCUUUCAGCACGAGCGACCUGACUGCCGAAGAGGUCAAGUUAAUCAAAGACUACCCAUCUUUUAUCGACCCAUAUGGUGGUGUAAAGCGCAGAGCAAUGCGCGAGAAAGUCGAACAAGAGCGUCUCAACCGCGAGCAGGAGUUGCUCCAAUCUGUUGCAGCUGAGGAGGAAAGCCGUGAAGCUGGCAGCCUUCAACUCGGUGGUGAGCCAGAGGAAGCAAAUCCCCCACGCAGUCGCCAGACGCGGGAGUCUCACGGUGCUAUCCAGCCGCCUUCGCAGCAGGACACUGCGGACAAUUCAACUGUUGGAUCUCCUGUCUCUGCGACUAGCCAUCAAUUUCAAGGCUUGAACCUCGCAGGACGAAGCUUAACUCCCUUGCAGCAACAACAGUUGAUGUUACUCAAGUCCGCCGACCAAGCCGCCCAAGUCCGGCAAGGGCUAGUGCACAAUCAGAUGGCACAGUUCAAUGCGCUGCAGGCAGCACAGAACCGACAGUCUUCUCGAUUUUCCUUCGCCAACGAGGCCGGUUCUAAGAAUAUGCCUAAUGCACGCAUGUUGGGCCAAAUGCAGUCUUCAUCACCCAACCCUCUUUCUGCUCCAAGCCCUCAACAUGGUCUUGCAGCAAGCGGUUUCUAUGGCAGCGGUGUACAGGGUCCCCCGCCGGGACUAAAGACUGCCGGUACCCCCCCCGAUCAGUGGUGGCGGAAUGUUCGCCCAGGGACAUGGCUUCACCUCUGGGCUUGGAGCUCCUUCUAUGGGCCCCAAGCGGGCGUAAUGCCUGAUUCUGGUGGCCCACAGAAGCAGAAGAAGAAGGGGAAGAAGCACAGACACGCUAACACUUCCUCCGGUGGAGGUGGUGUAGUAGAUCUUGCGGACCCGAGCAUUUUGCAGGCGAGGAUGCAUCAAGUCGGUGCGAAUGCUACUGCUGGGCAAGCGUUGUACGGGAGUCAGGGUCAAGUAGAUGAGGACUUUCCGCCUCUUGGGGAUCAAUCCAAGGAUCGACGACCCGUUGACAGCUUUGGGUUUUUGAAGUCUCAAUUGCCUGGCGAGUCAGCUGCUCGUUCUGGGACUCCGACCUUGCCACCUGGACUGCCUUUACCUCACGCCCAUCCCUCGUCUACGGUCUUCCAGGAACGCAGUUCCUCUAAACCUUCGUCUCCUGCCCCGAUGCUCCCACCCGGCUUGACGCCUAACAUUUCGCGACUCAACAGCCCAUCACAGAGCCGUAUUGACAGCCCCUCUCGUCUUUUGAGUCCUGAACUCACCGUGGGUGGGCCCUUGACAUCAAGCCGCGUGAAGGACGCUUCUCAAAUAUCCUUUGGAUCGCCCGUGCAAAAGUCCGCGAGCAAGGCUCGUAAUCCACGCAAGAGCGAGUUCAACAUUGGAGCUGAUUUCAAAGAUUCCCCCGCAAAGGCUGCAAACCAGCCGCAGCCGAGUUCUGCCACUACGAAAGGUAGCCCACUCGACUUUGCCGCCUCGCUACCCACAUCCAACAAGGCUGAGCAUGUACCACCACCUCCUAGCUCUGUUUCCGCAGUCGGGUCGCGGCCCGACACACCGCAAACCAUAGCAUCUCGCUUAUCUGACUCCCCUGCCCCUCGGCAGCCUCGUAUUCUGCGUGUGGUAGAAACCCCUAAGACAGAAACACCUCCCAUUGCCACCGCACCCUCCGUUCCCGCCUCUGUUGUUGGGGGUAUCAAGUCCCGCUCUAGCAGACAGAGCAUCUCGUCGACCAGCAUCCCCGACACUCCUGCUGAUAUGGGAUGGGAAGCUGAUUGCUAUCCUUCCACCUCUGCUUCUCGUGCGAGUUCCCCCCCUGCCUCCUCUCGUAUCGGCUCCGCGCCUGUUCGCACUAUGACCAAGAGUCAGGUCAAGAAGGAACGUAAGCAGAAGGCGAAGGAGGCCGAGGCUAAAAAGGUCGAAAUUGCAGCUGUGAAUGAGGAGCCUGUUCAAGCCCCUAUUAUGGGGCGAAAGCGCAAGACCAAGAAGGCCCCCACAGCCACUGUGAGCACGGCCGAUACACCCGCUGCCAUUGGUCCCGAGAAAGCAAGCCCUGUGAAACCAGAGAAUGCCUCUCCUGUUAAGGCCGAACCCAAGGUGGAUGCCACCACAAAGAAAACGAAGACCAAGGAGGCCAAGCCUUUGGUCAAGGAUUCCGAGGCCCUUGGGAAGGCAAUCAAAGAUCUUUUCGUGGAACGAACCAAGCCUCUUCAUGAGUUGCUCGCUGAGAUGCACAAGUCCGGCGAACUUGACCUCAACAAAAGUCCCCUCUUCAACCCUUGCAACCUCAACCAGCGGACCGACAUGAAAUGCACUGCAGAGGACUACGAUUAUCUCCAGUGUCCCAAUGAGUUGACCGAGGAGGAUCGGAAAACUUUGCUUCGCGGAGAGCCAGUUCGAAUUGGCGAUGAUUUCCUCAAGACUCGAUGUCUCAUCACGCCCCGCGGCUGUGUCCUGCGCCACCUCGAGCCAGAAGAGGAGGAGCGAUACCUAGAGCUGGAGAAGAACAUGGCCGGUAUCUCCGACCCGUUCAUGAUUGGAGAUGACGCGAGCAAUCCCAGCGGAGGUCUGGAAGCACUCUUCGCGAACCCGGAAAAGUUCAACAUCUGCUGGGUCGACGACAUGCCCACUCGGCUGGGUGCCACGUCCCCCUCGUCUUCUCUUGAGGCGGCUGAAUCUGUGAUCCCGCCUAACGUCCUCUCGGCCAUGGAGGCAGACAGCUCCCGCAAUCAUGACUGGGCCGUCGCCAACUCGGCAGAAUUCCUCAACACCACCCCUGCUGCCGUGCGUUCCUUCGCCGCAGUUACCGCGCAGCACAUGCUGGGCAAUCCGGGCAUGGUCGGUACCAACCCAACCCUCGAUGACGUUGCCGGCUUGACCAACGAGGAACUGAAGGAACUUUCUGGUCGUUCUCAGAAGGACCUCGAGCUCACCCGGAAGGAAAUGGACUCGCUGGACAAAAAGUUUGCAGCCCUGCUUCGACGCAACAAGAAGCUUCAGCAGCAGGCAUUGAACUUUGCUACUGGGUCGGAAGUGUAA